AUGAGCUUAAAGAGAAAGAGACUUGAUGAAAUAUUAUCGACUUCCAUCGAAGAUAUAGAAAAUAUGUUCAGCUGGAAAAUAGGAGCUCGCAAAGCCGAAUGUUUAAUUCGUGAACCAUCAACCAAAACUACGAAGGAAAGGGAAAUAAAUAAUAGCGAAACAAAUAAAGACAGUAAGAAACGGAAAUUUUCGUCGUCUGACGCUAACUCGUGCUUCUCUUCCCAGUAUUCAGCACCUUCAACAAAUUCAUCACAUAAUGUUAACACUGCGGUUAUAGCAGCACAGGCGCAAAUAAAUUCUAUAACUACCAAAGAGAAACAAAUUGCGCAACCUCAAACUAGGGUGUCACGUUCUCAAGUUCCGCGGAUGAUCUUAAAGUCAUCCAGAUGUACCAAGUUCCCGCUCAGUAUCGACACCGAAGAGAAUUAUUAUGACGAUAUAACAUGUGUUCCAAGCAUCGAUAUGAUUGAUACUUUGAUACAGAGGGGGAGUUCAUUGCAUUAG